CCACGUCUUGAUGUAUCGUGCCACGUCAGCAUGCCACGUCGGAUUGCCGUUUCCGCACUAGCAUGCUUGGGAGCGUGUGUCCAAACCUCCCACCGCUCAUCUUGCAGCUGCCGUCGUUGAUGAUACCGGCUUGUAGCCCGCGAUCCAGUGAGUGGAGGCGGUUGUGCGGGACAGAUCAGACGGUCGGGAUCGCGAUCUCUGUAGGAGAGAAUUACCGCCAGCUCCUCCCUCUUCGACUAGGCUAUCAGGACAAGUGGCGGCUUCACGUCUUCCCCCAACGUUUUUCCCGCUGGCAGAAGGUGAGCAGCUGCUGUCAGAUCGGCCACGUGGCAGCGUCUUUAUCGCACAGAGGAAGAAGAUCAGGAGGAGGAGGAGGAGGAGGAGGAGGAGGAGGAGAUCGGAGUUGGCGUAAUCAACGUAGUACUCGCCUCCUCGCUCCCCACCCAGUCUUCUGCUGCUGCCGCUCCUUCAAUUACACGUGUCCAAUCAACGAAGUCUUCCAUGAGCUAAUCAGCUACAACGGCACGAGUGAAUGGAAUUCGACGAAGCCGAGACUGAACAGACGAUGCAGAUUACCUGAUCGCUGCAUGCCACGUCAUCGCUGCAUGCCACGUGACCGCUGCAUGCAACGAACGAGGAGUGUUAGCCUUUGGCAAUCCUAUUGCGUUGUACAGCAACUUCCACUGAUCGGCGGCCUUUGUAUCGGUCGCCCGUUGUCUGACACGUGGCAGCGCUUGCGUGGCGUUCCCUUGAUUACGUCAUCUUCAGCAUCGUCGUUGUUUUUUUCGUUGACGUCAUCGCCUUCCCCUCGGCUGAUCGAGGCAAGGGAAGCCAUGAAGAGAAGCGCAACUGAAAAGGGAGGGGGAGGAGAAGGAUCAGGACGCGGAGGAGAAGAGAAUGAAGCGCCAUCGCUGAAGAAAACGAAGCUCUCUGUGGCGGAGGAAACAUCAAAAGCGAACACUGCCACGCCAUCAGGAAAGAAUGCCACGUCAUCAGGAAAGAAUGCCACUUCAUCAGCGAAGAAUGCCACGUCAUCAGCGAAGAAUGCCACGUCAGCAUCGCGUAAGUCAGCUGGGUCUUCUCCGGCGAAGAAGCCGAGCUCCGCUGCCGCCACGUCAGCAGCUAAGACAGCAGCCGCGGCUGACGUGGCAUCGUCCGACGUGGCCGCUGGAGCAACGAAUCAGACCCCGACCAGUGGCCGCGACGAGGGACGAACGAAGACGAAGGAAGGAGGAGGAGGAGGAGGGAGGCGAGAAGUUGAUGACGUCCGCGUUAAUCCGAAGCGUGUGCGGGUGCUGAAGCCGAAGCAGAAAAAGCCAGAUGUGGAUAAGGUUGUGGGCAAGGCCGUCGACGUCAACACCGGCCCGGUGAUCUACUGGAUGUCGCGAGAUCAACGAUCUUGUGAUAACUGGGCGCUGCUGCACGCGUGGGAGGAGGCGAGAGAGAGGGAGGUACCCCUGGCCGUGGUGUUCAAUCUUGUGCCUAAGUUCCUUGGAGCGGGGGCUAGACACUUCGGCUUUCUGCUGCGUGGACUUAAGGUCGUGGCGGGGAAACUGGAAGAGCGGAAAAUUCCCUUUUUCUUGUUUCGGGGAGAAGCGAUGGACACGAUUCCUGCAUUUGUUGAAGAGUGCCACGCGUCGCUUUUGGUUAUGGAUUUCUCUCCGCUUCGGAUAGGGAGGAAAUGGCGGGAUACUAUUUGCGAGAAGGUGUCUAUUCCUGUGCACGAAGUGGACGCCCACAAUGUGGUCCCUGUGUGGGUGGCCUCAGAGAAGCUGGAGUACGGUGCCCGCACCAUCCGCACGAAGAUACACAAGAACCUUCCAGAGUUUCUGGUGCCAUUUCCUGCUCUUCCAGAUGCGCCGCGGCCGUGGUCUUCUCCCGACAAAGGCGGCAAGCUCAAGCUGCCGCAGGUUCGCCCGAUAGAUUGGGACAAAUUGAUCGAACAGGCGCUCAGAAUUGGUGCCGAUGUGCCGGAGGUGGACUGGUGCCUGCCGGGGGAAGAUAACGCAAUCGAAUGGCUGAUGGGAGAGAAAUCGGGGUUUGUCACGAAACGGCUCGCAAAGUACGAUUCCAUGAGGAAUGACCCCUCCAAGCAUGGGGCGUUAUCGGGGAUUUCGCCGUGGUUACAUUUCGGCCAAAUUUCCGCUCAGCGAUGCGCAUUAGAAGCGAAGAAAGCUCGCAAACAAUACCCUCAGGCAGUGGAUGCAUUCCUCGAAGAGCUGAUUGUACGGCGAGAGUUGGCUGACAAUUAUUGCUACUAUCAGCCCAAAUAUGACUCUCUGGCUGGAGCAUGGGACUGGGCACGGUACUCUCUGCAGCAACAUGCAGCAGACAAGCGAGAGUACAUCUACACCAAGGAGCAAUUUGAAAAGGGAAAGACGCAUGAUCCGCUUUGGAAUGCGGCACAGCUGGAAAUGGUUCAUUAUGGCAAAAUGCACGGCUUCAUGAGGAUGUAUUGGGCGAAGAAGAUACUGGAGUGGACAUCCAGUCCCGAGGAGGCCUUGUCUGUGGCGAUCUAUCUCAAUGACAAGUAUGAGCUGGAUGGGCGCGAUCCCAAUGGAUAUGUUGGCUGCAUGUGGUCAAUUGCUGGGAUCCAUGAUCAGGGCUGGGCGGAACGGCCAGUCUUUGGGAAAAUCAGGUACAUGAACUUCAAUGGGUGCAAGCGGAAGUUCGACGUGGAGGCAUAUGUUCAGUUCGUGAACAAAUUGACAUCGAACGUACUGAAAAAGAAACGGGAGGCUGCUGCGGGUGGUGCUCCUGCCUCAGCAAAAGGAUCGGAUUCGGCUGUGAAAACCGCACCCUCUAAAGGGUCAGGUUUGGCCGCAAAAGUUGCUGCAAAGGGGUAAUAAGAAGCAUAAUAUAUACCCCUGUCACCGGCCACUGGCGGAUUUCGACUACCACACUGCCAAUCAGCUGCCGUGGGCUGCCGCUGCGAAAAAGGUCAGGUCUAUCGGAACCUAAUCCAUAACAAUCAUUCAAGGAUAAGGACUCCUCUUGCUGGUUGUUGGGAACUACCUACCGUCUUUCCCCGGAAUAUAGAACGAUCAGUCAUUAUCGCCCAUGUAGACUUAAAGUUGCCCCAGAUUCAGGCGUAAUGACCGUGUGUUCUGUUUUUUGGGGAAAGAUGGUUGCAGACUCAAGUGCUCGACCAAGGAUUUGAUUUUGUACACUCGAUAAAGGAAUCGGAUUUCGUCCAAUCGGUAGACGACUCGACUUCACAGGUCCAUUUCACCGCAAACAAACAUUGCGGCGAAAGGAUAAGGUUUGUUCGCAAGAGUCAGUCAGGAUGUACCUCCCUGUAAAACGCCAGAGCAUCGACCACGGCGCCUUCCUGCCGUCCAGUGGCUGUAUCUCCGUCUGCAGAAAGGAUUGGCUCCGGCUCCGGUUCCGGCUCGGCUACGACCACUGUAAUCAAGAAAAAAUGCACUGAUUUGUUUUGCGUGAACUUUCAGCGAGAAUGGAUAAGGUUUAUCCAUAAGAAGAUGGGAUUCCUUCCGCAACAGAUGCAACUAGACGACGAAUCCAAUGAUUCAUCAUCCGCGAGCUUUCAGCGAGAAUGGCUAAGGUUUUUAUCCCUAAAAGAAGGUGGGAUUCCGCAACAGUUGGAACUCGAUGACAAAUCCGAUGAUUCGUCCGCGAACUUUCACUGAGAAACGAUAAGGUUUUAUCCAGAAGAACGUGGGAUUGCGCAAGAGAGAUGCAAUCAACGAAGACUACUCUGCUGAUUUGGCUGUGAAUUUCCAGCGGAAGUAUAAAGGUUCAACCGUUCAAGUUUUCAACGGACAAAUUAAUUUGAUGAAGAGUUUGCAUCUGUGGUAAAAGCUGCUGCAAGGUGGUGAAGAUCAUAUGCUCCUGCCAAAGUUGGGAUUCGAACUCCGAACCUCCAUGUGUCUCUGCGCGUCAGCAGGCAAUUGCACAGCAGGCAUUUGAAAUCAACGGAUGUGCAGCAGGCUCAAUGGAUGCGGAGACAAAAUAUAGUUAAUAUUUAUUGAAUUUUAACCACAUAGACUGUUGUCCUGUACAUUAACAACGUGAAAGACACCCCGAAAAAGAAAAAGAAAAAAAGAAAAAAAAAAAGAAAAAAAUAGAAAGACAGGAUAGGUAAUGCCGACAUGAAAAUGUGCAGCAGCUGCUGCUGUGAGGAUGGGUGCAAAAGAACCCCCCACCUUUACUUUGAGAGAUGGAAAUGUUGAAAUAUAGAUCAGAUCAUCAGAUAUAAAAUUCCAGAUGCAACAACCAGAUGAACAGAAUACAAUGAUUCUGAAUUACCUGGGGCAGGUCAGUUCAGUGUUCAUAUCUCAAGGCCAUCGUCACCCUCGUUUUUUUUUUGUUCUUUUUUUUUAAAAAGAGAUGGAACUGCCAAAGGAUUUCCCUCAUUUUCUGAGUCUGCAAGUGCAAAAGGAUUCUGGUCAGUGUCUGAUUUGUUGUAACCAAGUAAUAGUGUAAUUCUAUCAUGAAAACAAAAGGGAGGGUAGGGAGGGGGGCGGUGAGCAAGGGGGAAGGAGGAUGGGAGAGAAAGAGGGGAAGGAAGGGGAGGGGAGGAGAAGAGGGAGGGGUGGAGUGGAUUACCACAAGGAUUGACAAACAGGGGGAGAAGACUACUUGUGUCAGACGUGCGUGAGCUAGCUUUAUGAAAAGUUCUCCUCCUCCCCUGGUCUCCCUACCUUGAUGUUCUCUACAGAUGGCUCACAGACUUGUGUCAGACUUCAUUAAAUUCCAACUUUGUAUGUUACGGACAUCGUUACCUCAAGGUAGAGAUUGUUAGACUGAACAACAUGGGCAAGGACAAUUGUAAAUGUAUAUUAUUUCUAGCCAGAUGAUUUUUCGGAUUGUUAGACUGAACACACUUAAUACUCAUAGCUGUGUGACUUCAUGGUCAUCUCUGCUUUGCUCUUUUGUUAGUUUCUGAACAAAUCCAUUCCACCACG